AAUUCUUUGAAGACAACUUAUUGUAGGAAGGAACAAAAGAAGUAAUAAGAAAGCUAAAUAUCCACCUCAAGUUACAUAUAUAAUAUCUACUUUGUCCUUAUUAUGCAGUCAUAGAUCCUUAGAAAAACCACGUCUUGAAAAUAGAAUCUUGCAAAAAUGGUGAAAAAAAUGUCCAAGGAGUUGGCUUUCAACUGUUCCCAAACUCUGUAAAUACUAAAUACUCUCUCCUCUUUGUCAGCAUCACCAUAUCCUCCUGACUCAUAUAUCUCAUAAGUUAACCAUGCUCCUCAGACUCCUCCAAACCAAGCCAUGCAGAAGAAAACCACCAGCAACUUUUCUUGACACAACAUUCCUCUGGAGCUUGCUGCUUCCAAGAUUUUCAUGCUUUUUUUAAAAUUUGUUACAAACUAAUACUUGUUGGGUUUCUUUUGAAUUUGUUUCCUUCUCUAGUUUCACCUCAACUUUUUGAUUUGAAGUAUGCUUGUGUGAAGAGAAAUAUAUAAUUUUAAAAAGGGUGAUAAAGAAUCAAAGAUGGCGGCUGCAUUGGCCGGAGAUGAGCUUGUGGGGUCAGUGAGCAGUGGGAGGAGGACUCACGGAUCAGUGAGCAAGAGAAGUUGGGCUUCGACGAGUUUCAGAGAACUGUGGAGUGGGCAGGGGGAUGUGUUUCAGCGCAGUGGGAGGUCAGCAUAUGAUGAUGAGGAGGAGUUGAAGUGGGCUGCAAUAGAGAGGCUUCCUACGUUUGAUAGAUUAAGAAGAGGAAUGCUUAAGCAGGUUUUAGAUGAUGGAAAAGUUGGUUAUGAAGAGAUUGAUGUUACCAAUCUUGGAAGGCUGGACAAGAAGCACCUCAUGGAAAAUAUACUCAAGAUUGCUGAAGAGGACAAUGAGAAAUUUCUUCUAAGGCUUAGAGAAAGGACUGAUAGGGUUCGGAUUGAGAUUCCACAGAUUGAAGUCCGGUUCGAGCAUUUAUCAGUAGAAGGGGAUGCAUAUAUUGGAACCAGAGCACUUCCCACUCUGCUGAAUUCCUACAGGAACAUCAUAGAAGGAAUUCUUGGAUUUGUUAAGCUAUUCCCGUCAAAGAAAAGAGUAGUCAAGAUACUUUGUGACAUGAGUGGAAUAGUAAAGCCAUCAAGAAUGACACUGCUUCUGGGACCUCCGGGAUCAGGGAAGACAACAUUUCUUCAGGCACUUGCUGGCCAGACGGAUAACGAUCUAAGGGUAUCCGGAAGAGUCACUUACUGUGGUCAUGAAUUUUCAGAGUUUGUUCCUCAAAGAACAUGCGCUUAUAUCAGCCAGCAUGAUCUGCACCAUGGUGAGAUGACAGUCAGAGAAACAUUGAAUUUUUCAGGAAGAUGCUUGGGGGUUGGAACCAGAUACGAGCUACUGGCGGAAUUAUCUAGACGAGAAAAAGAAUCAGGAAUCACACCGGAUCCUGAGAUAGAUGCAUUCAUGAAAGCCACAGCUCUGGCAGGACACGAAACCAGUUUAGUGACAGACUAUGUUCUGAAGAUACUUGGAUUAGAUAUAUGUGCUGAUGUUUUAGUGGGUGAUGAGAUGAGAAGGGGCAUAUCUGGUGGACAAAAGAAGCGUCUUACUACAGGAGAAAUGCUGGUUGGACCAGCAAAAGCUUUUUUCAUGGAUGAAAUAUCUACUGGUUUAGACAGUUCAACCACGUUCCAAAUCAUCCGGUUUAUGAGGCAGAUGGUUCAUAUAAUGGAUGUCACCAUGAUAAUUUCUCUUCUGCAACCUGCACCUGAAACCUUUGAACUCUUUGAUAACAUUAUCUUAGUUUCGGAGGGUCAUAUUGUCUACCAAGGUCCACGAGAGAAUGCACUAGAAUUUUUUGAGAGUGUAGGUUUCAAAUGUCCAGAAAGGAAAGGAGUGGCAGACUUCCUGCAAGAGGUUAUUUCUACAAAGGACCAAGAACAAUACUGGUUUAAAAAGAACAUACCAUACCGAUAUAUUAGUGCAUUGGAAUUUUCGGAUUAUUUCAAAAACUUCCACAUUGGCCAAAACCUGUCUGAAGAACUUGGAAAUCCCUAUGACAGAUCUAAAACUCAUCCUGCAGCAUUAUCGAAAAAAAUGUAUGGAAUCUCAAACUGGGAACUCUUCAAGGCAUGCUUUGCAAGAGAGUGGCUAUUGAUGAAGCGCAACUCCCCUCUAUAUGUAUUCAAGACAACACAGAUCACAAUCAUGUCAAUAAUUUCCAUGACUAUAUUUUGGAGAACAGAAAUGAAGCACGGCAGAUUAGAAGAUGGUGGGAAAUUUUAUGGUGCACUAUUUUUCAGUCUGAUAAAUGUAAUGUUCAAUGGGAUGACAGAGCUUGCAAUGACUAUAUUCAGGCUCCCUGUAUUUUUCAAACAGAGAGAUCUCUUGUUACAUCCAGCAUGGGCUUUCUGCUUGCCAAUUUCGGUUCUCAGGAUUCCUGUAUCAUUGAUAGAAUCAGGAAUAUGGAUCAUACUCACGUAUUACACUAUCGGUUUUGCUCCUGCAGCUAGUAGGUUUUUCUGCCAGCUAUUGGCGUUAUUCAGUGUGCAUCAGAUGGCCCUAUCUCUGUUCCGUUUCAUUGCAGCUCUUGGAAGAACACAAAUAGUUGCAAGCACACUUGGCACCUUCACGCUGCUAUUGGUUUUUGUCCUUGGUGGAUUCAUUGUUGCCAAAGAUGACAUUGAACCGUGGAUGAUAUGGGGCUACUAUAUUUCUCCCAUGAUGUAUGGACAAAAUGCCAUUGUCAUCAAUGAAUUUCUUGACAAAAGAUGGAGUGCACCCAAUAUUGACCCAAGAAUCUCUGAACCUACAGUUGGAAAGGCUCUUCUAAAGACCAGAGGCAUGUUUACAGAAGAAUACUGGUAUUGGAUAUGCAUAGGGGCACUCCUUGGCUUUUCACUGCUUUUCAACAUCUUGUUUAUUGCAGCACUGACUUAUCUGAACCCUUUUGGAGAUUCUAAAUCCAUUAUUCUGGAGGAUGAUGACAAGCAUAGAAGUAAAAACCAGUCAAUGUUAGAUAUAAUGGGAGGCACAGAAAUGAGUUCAGCAUCCACUGCCCCAUUGUCGGAAGGUAUCGAUAUGGUCGUGAAGAAACCUAAGAAACGAGGAAUGGUCCUGCACUUUCAGCCUUUAUCACUUGCAUUUGAUCAUGUGAACUACUAUGUUGAUAUGCCUGCUGAAAUGAAGAGCCAAGGAAUUGAAGAGGAUCGCCUCCAAUUGUUACGAGAUGUUAGUGGUGUUUUUAGGCCUGGCAUUCUAACAGCAUUGGUUGGUGUAAGUGGUGCAGGAAAGACUACCUUAAUGGAUGUGCUAGCAGGAAGGAAAACUAGUGGUUAUAUUGAAGGAAGUAUCAGCAUUUCUGGUUACCCAAAGAACCAAGCAACUUUUGCCCGAGUUAGCGGUUAUUGUGAACAAAAUGAUAUCCAUUCUCCAAAUGUAACUGUUUAUGAAUCUCUUCUGUACUCUGCCUGGAUGCGCCUUGCUAAGGAGAUUACAAAGGAAACACGACAGAUGUUUGUGGAGGAAGUCAUGGAUUUGGUUGAGCUACACCCACUGAGGAAUUCCUUAGUAGGCCUUCCUGGAAUAAAUGGUCUGUCAACAGAACAGAGAAAGAGAUUAACCGUAGCUGUAGAGUUGGUUGCGAACCCCUCUAUAAUCUUCAUGGAUGAGCCAACAUCAGGUCUUGAUGCAAGGGCUGCUGCAAUCGUCAUGCGUACAGUGAGAAAUACUGUGGAUACAGGGAGGACUCUUGUCUGCACUAUUCAUCAGCCAAGCAUAGACAUUUUUGAAGCCUUUGAUGAGCUACUUCUGAUGAAGAGAGGUGGACAAGUUAUUUAUGCCGGACCCCUUGGCCACUGUUCUCAAAGGCUGAUAGAAUAUUUUGAAGCUAUUCCAGGAAUUACUGAGAUCAGAGAUGGUUACAAUCCUGCAACAUGGAUGUUGGAAAUUAGUUCUCCUACAGUUGAGACACAACUCAAUGUGGACUUUGCUGAUAUAUAUCAGAAGUCUGAACUUUAUAAGAAGAAUCACGAACUUAUUGAAGAGCUAAGCACUCCAGUCCCAGGAUCCAAAGACCUUCACUUCCCUACUAAAUACUCUCAGUCUUUUCUUACUCAAUGCAAAGCUUGCUUCUGGAAACAACAUUGGUCAUACUGGAGGAACCCGCCAUACAAUGCCAUCCGGCUCUUUUUGAGCAUAGUUGUCGGUACUAUUUUCGGACUUAUUUUCUGGAACAAAGGAGAAAAAACACACAAGGAACAAGACCUACUCAAUCUGAUGGGAGCCAUGUAUUCUGCCAUUAUCUUCCUGGGAGCCACCAACACUGCCUCAGUGCAGCCUGUUGUGGCAAUUGAAAGAACAGUAUUCUACCGCGAAAGAGCAGCAGGGAUGUACUCUGCGUUGCCUUAUGCAUUUGCCCAGGUGGCAAUUGAGACAAUUUACGUUGCCGUCCAAACUCUGAUGUAUAGUCUCAUCCUUUAUUCAAUGAUCGGCUUCCCUUGGAGAGUUGACAAGUUUUUUUGGUUCUACUACUUCAUAUUGAUGUGCUUUAUCUACUUCACAUUGUAUGGCAUGAUGCUUGUAGCUCUCACGCCAGGCCACCAAAUUGCGGCCAUUGUGAUGUCCUUUUUCCUAAGCUUCUGGAAUCUCUUCUCUGGUUUCCUCAUCCCUAGGACACAAAUACCAAUAUGGUGGAGAUGGUACUACUGGGGUUCUCCGGUGGCUUGGACAAUCUAUGGACUUGUGACUUCCCAAGUGGGAGACAAAACUUCAUUAGUUGAAGUUCCAGGACAAGCUCGCAUGUCAGUGCAGACUUACCUUAAGAGGAGAUUAGGCUUUGAAUAUGACUUCCUUGGAGCCGUUGUUGUUGCCCAUAUUGGUUUCGUGCUCCUAUUCUUGUUCGUCUUUGCCUACGGCAUCAAGUAUCUCAACUUCCAAAGGAGAUGAGGAAGCAUACUGGUUUUACUAUCUGUCAAAGUUUUGUAGAUUUUUCACAGCUCCAAUUGUAUUUGUUCUCGAAAAUACUGAUAUAUGUUGAAAAAUGAAGUGAGAUUUGCUUACAAAUCAGAGAGGCAGCACAUUGCUGGAUGGAAGUGAUUAGGCUUCCCAAAAAUAUCAUUAUUGAGAGGCUAGUGGUCAAAACAGACGCAUUUUGAGCGCACGACAAGGCACAAAUUUCACCAGAGAAAAAGGAUAACAAUGUUGGAGUGGAUCUUUCUGUGAGGCAUUGAAAGAGACAUUCAACCACAGAAGUUUAUGUGUGUGUUUAGUGUUACUUUGAAUUAUAACCAACAUUUUAUGUUUUCAUAUAAAAGUCCUUCAGUCUUACCCGUUGUGUACAAAUUUAAUGUUAGAAAUGCAUUAAAUCUUUUCUAACGUUAAAUCCGGAACACAAGGAUGUUGACAUCGCUUGCUAAACAACCUGGUAAUGUAAGCAUGUUUUGUUGUCAAGACUGUCGAUAUAUUAAGAUUAUUCUUGCUUGAGUA